AUCCAGUCCGUCCACCUCGCCAACAUCGCAUGCGGCUUCCACGCCUCUGACUUCACUGUCAUGAACGACACCGUUCUCCUCGCCAAGAAGAACAGCGUGUCCAUCGGUGCACACCCCUCCCUCCCAGAUCUACAGGGCUUCGGCCGCCGCGAGAUGGCCAUUACGCCCGUUGAGCUCAAGGCGUGCUUGACUUACCAAGUCGGCGCACUCUGUGGAUUCCUACUCACGCAACAGCAACCUCUGAACCACGUUAAGCUCCACGGUGCACUCUACGGCCAGACUGCGCGCGACCCUGACCUCGCGGAUGCCGCUGUCUCCGUGAUCCCUUCAUUCUAUCCGAUCGCUGAGUUUUCUGGUGCGCCGUCGAUCGCAUUCCUCGGGCUUGCGGGUACCGAGCACCAGCGCGCUGCGCGCGACAAAAAUGUGCCAUUCCUUGCUGGUAAGUGUGCGACCGCAUGCACUAACAAGGCCACGCUCCCGAUGUCGACCUGUCAGAAUGGUUUGCGGACCUUGACUACGAUGCGAACGGCAAACUCAUCAUCACGCAGAGGCACGACCCCGUCGCGCUCGACGAGAUCACCCGGCGUGUGA